AUGGAGAACGGCCUGCAUGUUCUGCCACCACAAACUACCCCGAUAAUUGUCAGUGACUAUCUAACCCUAACAUCGCCACCCACCUACUCACGUCUACCCCCGGAUGGUCAUGAAUUUCCGCCAAAUUUCUCGGAACCAUUGAUUAUGCCUGGUGGAGCCGCUAAUGUCAUGAAAACCACCAGUUUAAUGCAAAGCGUUAUGACGACCACAACAAAAGGUGGAAAUUCAGAUGCCGUACCACCACCUCUGCCCAAAUCCACACCACCAGCCACAGUGCCACGCAAGGUCUAUCGCCAAGAUUUGGUGGUCAAUGUUGAAGAUGCCCCCUCCUUCAGCGACAGCCCUGACUAUAAACGUUCCUUAAGUGUACCUCGUCGUUCCAGUGAUUGGCGCAAAGAUGAGAAAUCCGAAAAGAGUGUUCGCGACAAAAUUGCCAUGUUCUCUAAUGACGAUGCUGCUCAGCCACUUGAACCUGCCGCCAAACCGAUUAGCUUCUCACGUUCCAAUAGUUCCACCAAGCCAUUGAAUUUAAGUACCGAAAAUUUACUGGACACCUCCACCUCACACACACCCUAUCGGGCGGGUUCGGCCUCUCUACAGAAGACACGUGCCAUGAGUGUGGAAAAUCUCAAUGAUGUUGCCCGACUCUAUCAGCUUAGCAAGCCCUUACCGGCCCAAAGCAACUUCUCCGACUCAUUGCAGUCCUUGAACUCCAUAAAUUCCGAUUAUACCCAAAGUUAUGCCUCGCUGCCCCGGCGCCAUGCCUCCACCCAACAUUUGGAUAGGCGUAUAAGCUUCUCGGGACAGCCGGCCUAUGUGCCGGAUGAGGCCUCAAGGAAGGCAGCCAUUACCAAUAUUUUAGAGCAACGCAGACGUAGUCUGUCGAAGCUGAGAGGUUUGGUAAUACCUGAUCGGCCUCAUGUGCCCCUCGAGCCCAUAUUGGAUUUGCCGGAAAUUAAAAGUCGGGAUAGUGAUCAAAUGAAGGCAUCGGGUAAUACCUCCUCCACCGAUUCCACAGAUAGUGGGGUGGGUUCAGUAAGCGGAGGAGUUGGAGGCCUUAACACCAUUCCCAGACCAGCCAAGCGUGCCGAAAUGAGCAUGACCACAAAUACCACCUCUUCCUCCUCGAUGAUGAGUUCUCCCCUGAGGCCCCUAAAUGUUUCCACGCACAGCAACAGUGUCAACAUUGCCAACAAUCGGGGAUAUUUGUCACAAAACAACACCAGUAAUUCCCGACACAUGGCUCCCUCAGUGGCCCAGAGACGUAUGGAGGCCCUCAACACCAUCCCUCCUGCAAAGCCACCACGCACAUCCCUUGUUGCCACACCCCGCCAGAUGUUACACGAAGAAAGCGAUUCAUGUGAUUCGGUCUUCUCAUCCCGCAUUUCCUCACCACCCAUGUCACCCUGUGUACCCCAAGUUCCGGAGAAAUUUGCCCUCACGCGUACCCUCUCCUCGGAGACGAACACCUCCAUUGCCAGUUCCACCACCUCAACAUUAACCUCGGGUUCUGGUUCACAGGCCACGCAAACAAAGUUUCAAAGCCGAUCCCACCCAGAAAGCACCAAAGUGGUGGCGCCCAUCAGCUCCCAACCGGUGCAGCCGCUAAGUCCCCAGAGGGCCGUGGAAGCCAUUUCUCCGUUAAGCAAAAAAUCGGGCGAUUCCUCCUCCAGUGAGUUGAGUCAAUGGAUGCAUGUUGAGGUGGCAAAAUCGAGAACCUUGAACUCCUCCUCCUACUCGAGGACCCCGGAGCGAACCCUAAAACCGGUAUAUGAAGCCACCACCAAGACAACCUUUAGCAGUUUGUCCAGCAAAACCACACCGAAAAUCUCAACCGCUGAGAUCCGUGAGAAAUUUGAACGCACAGCAGCAGCUCAGGCUGCCAACAACAUCAACACCACAACCAUUUCUCCCCUAAUCUCCACUUCGAGUAACAUAAAUACCUCCCCCACUGCCCCCUCAAUGACAGCAGUCAACUGA